AUGAGAAUUAUUGCAAUAACAGGAGGAGUGGGCACUGGAAAAACAACCACACUGGAGAUAUUGAGAGAAAGAGGAUUUGCUACAAUCAACACAGACAAAGUAACACAUCGAAUACUAAAAAACAGCGAUGUUGAAUGCAUUCGAAAGAGGUUUUUUACAGAUAAGGAGUUUAGGGUGUCUCAUACAAGGAGAAUCAUGCCGAGGAUCUUCUUGGAAGUGGCGCUCAAUACCUUGUGGCUAUUUAUUAAGGGACAUUCUGUAGUUUUUAUAGAGAUACCGCUUCUUUUUGAGUUAGGGCUGCAUCAUUUGUUUUAUACAGUGAUUGUGGUGUGCAGCGAAAGUUUACAAAUUCAAAGAGGAAAGAAGCUAAGCUAUCUAAACGAGCGAAUGGCAAUGCAGAUUCCAAUUGAAAAGAAGAUCAUGCUUGCAGAAAGGAUCAUUUAUAACAAUUCUACUAUAGAUUCACUAAGAAAACAGAUUAAAGAAAUAAGGUUCAACGGAUGCAAUAUUUAUUAUUGCAUAGCUAUCUUUUUAACUGUUGUAUUUUUGAUUAUUUGUGAAUAG